GCGGAUCAUGUGACAGACGACAAAAGCGAACACUGACUCUCACAGUCCCAUUGAGAGACGUACGGCCUCACGGAGAGGACUUUCGGAACUUUGGGAAGUUUUCUUUUUCUUUUCGGAACCGUCGUUCACCGUCCGUGUUUCCCCCAGAGCCUCAUAUCUGUGACACCGCGGAGAGCCCCAGCGGCUCGUGCGUCACUUUUUUUUUUUUUUACCUCCCCUCUCCUGCGGAGUUAUUUCUGUCCGAGAAGGAACCCGUGUGCCGUUUAGCAAGGCAGCUGGGACACUACCUGCGGGAUUAGACAGUGUGUCCCACUGAAGAAGACCCUGGCCUGUGCAGCCAUGCUGAUGUAUGAUUACCCUCCAGCGACAGACAUGGACACGUCAUUCUAUCCUUCCUUAAUGAACCCACCAGAACCGUACAGAGUUAUCUUCCCCCAUCCUGCCCCGCUCUAUCAGAUGCACUUGCCCCCCUUCGCUGCCUCUCACAAUCCCAGCAACCCCACGCAGAACCAGCUGGAGCCGGUGGACCUGUCCGUGAGCAAGCGCUCCUCCUCGCCACCGCAUUCUUCGUCCUCCUCCUCCGUGGCCUCCAGUCCCAGCUCCCCGCCCUCCCCGUACAGCCGAGCGUCUCCUCGCUCCCCGCUCUCCCAGCUGCGCUGCUCUCCGUCCCAUGCCCUUCCUCCGGCGGCCCCCUCCGUGCCGUACCAUUCCAUGGUGACCCCUGUGAUCAGCUCCAGCCCGGGGGUCAUGGUGUCCCCGGUCAUGGUGCCAAUUCUCUACUCCCCUCACCUGCACCUACAGCCACAGAUAAUAAUGAGCCCGAGUGCUGUCAACGACGAGGAGCGCCGUCAAAGCAGGGAGCACGCCUCAGGUCAUUCCACGAAGCCGCCAGAGAGCCACGACAUGACCGAUGGCCACGACAGCCACAAGGCGGUGAAAACGGAGACUCGUGCGGAUCUGGGUCCCGACCCCAACUGCUUCCAUGAAGUGAAAUCCCCCGUCAUCAGGAAACUGUCUGAAUACGAGUGCAACGGCCAGUCAGUGAUAACUAUUAUCAGCUCAAAUCCACAGCAUCCUCUCCCGCCUGACUCUCCUGACUCUUUGAAGAAGCGGCGCAUUCACCGCUGCGACUUCUCAGGCUGCAACAAAGUGUACACCAAAAGCUCCCAUCUCAAAGCCCAUCGUAGGACGCACACAGGUGAGAAGCCCUACAAGUGCACGUGGGAAGGCUGCACAUGGAAGUUCGCCCGCUCGGAUGAGCUGACGAGACACUACCGCAAGCACACGGGGGUCAAACCGUUCCAGUGUCCGGACUGCGAGCGCAGCUUCUCCCGCUCCGACCACCUGGCUUUGCACAAGAAACGCCACCUCCUCGUGUAACACCUCGAUUAAGUAACCUGAAAGAAAUUCUGGGCCAGGUUGGACAGUGCUACUUUGACCUGAAAGGGUUAAAACAGCUGGCCUUACACAAUGGACUCUGACAGAAGGUGGGAAAAUGUUCCUCGGGUGCCUGUUUCGACCUUUUUUCUUUUUAACUCAGACUGAGCGAGAGCUUUUGAAAGCUGUCAGCCCUGUGAUCAGCUGUGGAAGGUCCAAGAACUGUUUUUCUUUUUUUUGUUCUUUUUUAAGAGGUGCUGCUGCUUCUUAGCUGGCCUGAGAGCAGCGCCCUCUUGUGGCUACAAACCAAAUCCCAUCAACAUUCCGUCAAGCCUCUGUGCACCAUCAGCUAUCAUUCUCUAUAAAGUUCAUGUGAUUUUUCCACACAGGCCAAUAAAAUGUGAAACUUUUCCAGAAUGUAUCAUAUCACACCGUCUAUGCAUUGUGUCAUACUUCAGUCUUUUUUGCUGUCACCAGUGGAUCUACCCGGUGACCCUCGUUUCCACUUCCUCCACGGACUGCCACGUUGAAACACCACACACCUCAUCUGCCUCCGAAAGCAUAACAUUUUGCUAAAUGAAGUGAUGAUCAGUAGUUUCGCACUUGCUUUCUCUUCGGUAUAUAUUGCGUAAAACACAUCAAAAACACUUGCACUUAUUCAAAGUAGCUUUGCCGUAAUUUCUUCAUGCUUCGGGUGAAAAGAAAAAAGUGGGUCUCAUUCAUUGUCAGAGUGAAGUGUUUAUGAAUGCUUUUCUUUCAGAAAUGUGAAAGUUGUUGCAUUGGGGCAUUAUUUUGUGAGUGUGGGACAAAAAAGCAUCACUCAGUUUGAUGAGGGUAGAAGAAAUGUUAUUUUUUACCAAUUACAGAUUGAUGUAUCUAUGAAUUUUGACCGUGGUAUCUGUUUGUAUUGAAUGACACUUUUUUAUGCUAAAGAAAAAUGAUCUAAGCAGGGAAAAUUUCUCAAAAAAAUUUAGUUUUUCAGGAAAAGUAGUGUUUUUUCUUCUUCUUUGAUCCCACUAUAGAGAAAAUUAUGUGUUGAAAUCAAGAGUCUAAAGUUUUUACUACCAAAUGUCACAAUAGGAAAUGUUCUGAUUUGAAAAAAUCUGUUCAUUUUUUUACACACCUGGAGAAUAAAAGAGCGUAUUUGUACAUCUCCAACGUGCACUUUAAGUAAUUUUAUAUGUAUAAAAUAGCAUAGAGGUAUAUAAAUCAAGAAUAUUGUCAUUCCCAAGGCCAAACAUUUUAAUUCCUCUGUUUGGGUUCCCUUUUUUACCCUUAAUUUGAUGAUCAAAUUGAUCAGAAAUGUUCAUCAAAUUUGUCAAGUUCUAAUAAUAUAAUGCCUGUCUGUCAUUUAUUCAUAUGUAUACAAAUUUACAUACAGAAUGUAGCAGCUCAAGUGUUCUGCAUUUGCUCCUUAAUACAGUUUUUAAUUGCAGUUUUUUGCUUUUUUCAUUCUGCACAUGUAAGUUGUGAUAUGUUAUGAUUGAUUAUUAAACAGAAAGGGCAAUUAAAGGUUUUUAUUAAGCAUGAUUUUAUAUUCAGAAAUUUAUAAGAUGUCUUUAAUAAACUAUUUCUCUUUCUACUCUGAACUUUGUUCAAAGGGAACUUUAUUAAACUGUGAACAUAUAACUGUAAAGGUCUGUAUGCCAUUUUAUGUUUUUAAAUUGAAUAUUCUUAUUACUCAAUAAACCUAUUGGUAACAUUUUCAA